GACAGAGAUUCAGAGACCGAGGUACGCACACUCUGCAUUGCUAUCGAUCGAUUGCAGACACAUAGAGCGAGAGAGAAAGAGAGAGCGAGAGAGAGCGAGCAAGCUCGAGAUUCGCGUGGAAAUGGCGACACAGAAGGACGGUGAAUGGACAGUGCGCAACUAAGCAGCAUCACUCGUCUGUGUGCACCGCUGAUUCUUGCAUGGCUGAUGAUUUCUGUUAUUUUGCCCAUGGUGUCAGCCCAAGAUGAACAAAUAUGCAGGACGACGAUGGAGUGUUACUAUUGCGACAGCGAGGUGAGUAAAGGAUGCGCCGAUCCGUUCAACUUCAGCUACGUGGGGCGUUCUAUCAGGAAGGACGUCUGUGAGAAGGGAUGCUGUAUCAAGUGGGUGGAGAACGAGGGCACAGACAGACAGAAGAUCACUAGGUCGUGUACGUCGAGUCCCUAUAUGCACUUUAACAUGCAGAUUGCUCCUACCUGCAUGAUGGAUUCAUCAAAGAGCGGCUUCGUGUGUCUCUGCAGCAAUAAGCUGUGCAACUCCGCUCACGGUCGGCUACAAGAUUGGCAUUCAUCUGUCGUACUCAGUAUUGUCGUAGCGCUCAUUGUGGGAACACUGGGGGCAACAUAACAGACAUCAUCAGGCCGCGAUGAUAGGCAGAAAGACGAAAGCGAGUAAAAGGUUACACACCGAGUAACAGUCUGUCACGGCAGAGUCGGUUAAGUGAAGGGACGGCCGUUCCGUUGCUCAUUCUGGUUUUGCCUGCUUACUGGCGAGUAAAUACACGCGUUAAUAGUGUCCGAGGAAAAAUUGAAAAAAAUUGUUAUAUGAUCAUUUUCGACGACAUUCGUCCGGGAACGUUUAACAAUUGCCGAUUUGCCACUGAAUGAAACCUUGCUUCGUUGAACUAGCGAUGUGCCGUUCAGCCAUUUUUUCAUCGCCAAGGAUCCGUUGCUGUAUUCAUGCUUUGUUCUCUUGGUAAUGUUUUGGGUCGCAGUUUGUGACUUUGAGGAUGCAAUCUGUUCAGUCGAACGGGUUGAAAAAAGCGCACAAGUACGAUGACAGUUUCACUCAACGUUCGGCUAGAUGGUUGAUUUGUUUUGUUACAUGGCGCAAAGUGGAUGCGAGCCCGACAUUUUCACAUGUUAUAAUUACACGGUCAUUGAGGUACUCGUCUGACUGGAAUCUUUUACGUAGAUAUUUUUGCUAGAUCGGGCAAACUAGAGCGGUUCACGUGUGUUUUUUUCACGCGGGCGCAAAAUCUUUAACCGUGUGACAUUUCGUUGCUAAGCAAUGUUUUUAUAAUGCCCCUAUCGCCACGCCGGUUGGAUAUUGCCGCCUGUUAUUCAUGUCGCCAGACAGAUAGGGCAAUCUACAAUGGCAACUUGAGUAUUGGUACUGAAUUUCGUUCACUGACUGGUGUACCAGAUGAAAUAAGCAUCGAGCGGUGUACCUUUUAAUCACUUUCGUCGGUUUCAGACUCAUCGUAGGUGAACCAUGCAUUAUUAGUUAGUUAUAGGUGCUGACGACAGCAUUAACUAAUGUUAAAUGCCUAUGAAUAAAACGCAAGAGUUAAGAUGCAUGCUAAUGCUGACAAAUUCUCUUUAGUUGUAUCGGAUAUAGGACCGAACCACCAGCAAAAACAAAUAUCGAACAGGUUUAUACGCACAGCCUUGCCGAGGAAAAAAUUAAAUAGAAAAUUAAACAAAUCCUUGAGAAGCAAUUGUACCAUUUACGUUCAUAAGGUUACUGCUAUCAGCAAUUACACAUUCACGGCUAAACAGGUGGUCCGUUAUCCUAAAUUGUUAUUGUAGUUUACGGGCACUGAAUAGCAUGUAAGAAUAUUGCGUAAUAGACAUAUGACCGCAUAUAUAUCAGCAAUAUCAGUUGUAUUGCGUAGAGUUAAAACUUUGCUAACAUUAUAGAGCGCCUGCCAAAAAAUGUAUUAAAACUGUAAAUUAGGUAAACAAUUUUGUUCUGAAAGAAAUCUUCUCGUCGUCAUCGUAUUCGUAAGUUGUUUAUUACUCAUUUGUUACUUGCACUCAUACUGCAAACACUAUACUAUCCUUAUAUGGACGUAUGGCCGGCUGUGGGAUGUCGUAUCUCGUAGAUUACAUAUUUAUUACAGUGCAUGCCAAAAUGAUUAAGUUUGAGAGUAAAAAUUAUUUGCAUAUCGUCCUUGCAUGGUCGUUACUACGAUCCAUGACUAUGAACUUCCCUGUUUCUGUUCCGUCGUCAUUGACCGACAUCGUAGAAAAAUGUUGAUGGUGAAAUAUAUGCUAUUAUGCUUUUAACGCUAACGUUGAAACAUUUCAUUAAAUGUAUUAUGGGCAUCAACGAUAUUUGUAAACCAAAUUUCGUUUACAUCGUUUCUUUCGUUUCUCUCUCUAUAUAUCCCGUAGUUUCCCAGUGAGCACGUCACGGAUAGAAAGCCCUUAGAAGUAGGCCAAUUAGCGAUUCCCACGCGCGCGCGCCAAAUGAUGAAACUCGUUGACAAGCAUUGUUUUUAAAAUGUCCUCUUACUACAAUGAUUGGCUAGUGCCUGUCGAUCUCGCCAAUCGGAUGGGUCAAUUCACAAAUACAGCAUUUAGUCGCGCCAACACACGUGCCCACAAGUCAUGAUCAUAGAUCAAUUCCCGAUCACACGUACUCUAGUUGUUUACAUCAUUCUGGACAAAAAGAAGAGAUUUUUUUCAAUUUUAACGAUUAUUUCGAUAAUGCUGUACUAAUAAUCUGUUAAUUACAGUUCACAUAUACAUAGUUGUUGAAGACAUACACAACGAAUCGGCGCAUCUCUCAAAUGCAUUAAUUCAUGAGUUAUUUUAUCUGUAUAGGGCAUAUAAAGAGUAAUUUGUAACCGUUUUGUUACGAAAAUUGCUCGCAUCAUUUUUAGCUCAUGUGUCUUUCUUUGAUAGAAAAUUUCCUAAGCUAAAGCGUCAUAUAUAUGUAUGUGUUCAUGAUAUGUUUCUCAUAUAUUAUAUAUGGUAUAUAUAAAAAGACGUUCAAAUAUAGACGAAGCUGGCUCUAUAGAGGAAGUCUGUCGUAAAUAUUACACACCGUUUCACGGGGAGCGGCUAUACUUGAUAGCUUUAGACUAGAAAAACUCAACGCACGUCAUCAAUAUUUCAGUUGACUAUAUAUGUGCCAACCCUAACGUGUAAUUGACAAUUUCCACCACUACUUUGUUCGCUCUGCAUGUACCUUGCCCUCAGUAAAGAACACGACGCAACAUCUUUACGAUGCGCGUAGGCCGAUGCGUGUUACUAGGUCGUGAAAUGUGGUCAAUCCUACCGGAAUGUCUUGGUCCCUUGGAAGUACACCGCAGUGACGGCGUUGGUUUAGUUAACGGGAUCGGAAUGCAAAAUAACCAGAAUGAUAUAAUGAGGUGUCGGAAGCGGAUCGUAAUAGGGUGUAAGGAUAUAUGGCCUUCCAUACGACAGGAUAUUGUAUAAGGCUGAGAGUAAGAGCCGGCGUUAGGGCAAAGCGAACACAGUGGCCUCUUGCGGUUUCGUGCUUUAGGAUCCUCGCUCAAAAUACAAACGUAAAUUGAUUCCCGUAACCUAAGAUUCAAUAAAAGUACUGAAUACUUUCAUCUAGAGACAAUUACACAGCAACAUGAUAUUAAUGGUAUGGCAGUACUCGUGCAACUCUCUCGUAUUUAUUCGUCACAGUUACAUUUCUGGGUAUUUUUCGUGCGUAUCGGGCAGUUUACAAUGAUAAAAUUGUCAUGUAGUCAUUAUCAAGUCAUGUAAUAAUUUUCACGUCGCAUAGUAUCUGCUUGGAAAAUCGCAGGCAUUUUUGUUACUUUAGUAUGGAAUAAAAAUUAUGUUUGAAAGAGGAAA